AUGAACCCAAACAAUCGACCACCUCAUCCUACAACAGCAGGAGGUUAUUAUUCUUCAUCAUCUGGAAAUAAUAAUAACGUGGUCGGCGGUGGUGGUUUUAAUCAACAACAAAAUCACUCUUCAUCAGGAAUUCCUCCACAUAAUAGACAAGGCUUUCCUACGGGACAAGGAAGAACAAAUCAAAAUGGCCCAAUUGUACAAAAUAGACAACAACAUCCACCAAGAAAUGUAAAUAAUCCUAAUACAAAUCCAAAUAAUAUUCCAUCAACAAUGCAACAAAAUAGAAAAAAACAUCCAUCAGGUAGUCAAUCCUCAUAUCCAACACAACCUCAUCAAUCAUAUCAUAACAAUACAACAGGAAGUGGAUUUAGUACACAAGCUGGACAUAAAGCAACGUUUGGAAAAAAAGGUCAAGAAGUUGUUGUUGAACAAUUAUCAGCAAAAUUAGGAUUUCCGGAUGUCUUUCUAUGUGAACAAAAUUCUAGUAGACCGGUCAUGGAAUUGUCUUUUACACCUAGUACUGCUCGUGAUGGUUAUGUUGACAAGUCAUUUUCAUAUAUUGAUCGUGAACCAAUUGAUUCUCAUGGAACUCACUUCUUUAAUAAUGAUUUUUAUAAUUUAUUAGAAAAAUCUGAACAAACUUUAAGGGAUGAGUACAAGACUUUUUCAACAAACAAAACAAGGGAAGAAAUGAAACAAAGAUUCGAAAAUGCCUACAAUUCUUGCAGUUGUACAGCUAAUAAUUCCUUCUUCCCAAAACUCACAGAUACAGGUACUAUGUUCAAAGCCCUUGCUGGAAGACCUGAUGAGCAAAAAAGAUCAUCCCUUGCAUCUUCAAGAACAUCUCUUAGAGAAUUGGCAUCAAAACUUUCUAGAUAUUAUGUUAAACCUAACUUCUUUGAACUUUUAGCACAAAACAAUAUUCCAUUCUUCAGAGCCUUAUGGUACACUAAAAUUCUUAUUAGAGACAUUAAUACCAACAUUACAAAUGUAAAGGAUCUAGCACAAGAUUUAACAACCAAGUUUUGUGACUACUUGCUUACAUCUUGUAACGAUGACAGUACAGAUCCUAAAAAGAAGAACUCAAUUGUGUAUACCAUCAACUUUUUAUCCUAUUGCCUUGAAGAGAAUUUAUUGAAUGAAAAUGUUUUAGGACAAAGGCUAUUAGAAAUUUUAGAAAUCAAGUUUGGUAUCAAACCAAAAGCAAGCAAGGAUACACCUCUCAUGGAUGCAUACUUUUUCUCAUUACUUUAUGUUAAAACAAGUGAUCAAAUUUAUCAACAACUGUCAACUACAAUCCAAUCAUCUAAAAAGGUUGGCUCGGUGAUCAAAUUUUAUGUAUUACAAUUAUUUAAAUUAUUUAUGAUGCAUUCUUCCGAUCCAAAAUUUACAUUUGAAAUUUUUAGAAGACUAAAUCCUGGACAACAACAACUUUCAUUAGACAGUGUUAAAAAUCUAUUUUGCAAAAUUAAGGAUGAUAUUUAUGCCAUCAAUGUACUUGAUAGACAUAAUUGUAACAUUCCAGAGUUAUAUAAUAUUCUCUUGAAUAACAAGGAAGUUGGUGUUCAACUCAUAUCUACCAUUUGCAAGUGGGCUAUUACUCCAAAACGAUUCCAAAACUAUAGGCCAUAUAUUGCAGGUACCUUGGUGAAUAACUUUAUCAAACAAAAUCCUACAAUGAAGAAACAAGUAGAAGAUACCUUAUUCAAAGAAGUUCUAAAUUAUUCAGAGGAGCCUACUCCAGAUACUUACAAAAAUAUGUUGAAACUAUUCAAUGAGCUAAUUCUUCAAAAUAACUUUUCCAUUAGUGAAUAUAUCAAAUAUCUUACAUCUAGAGGUUUUAAUGUAGCUAAGACAGAUGAAUUUAACACUAGGCACACCAAUAUUCUCAAAAAUUUGCCCUCAUAUGAUCCUAACACAAAGAAUAAGAUUUACUCUAAACUCUAUGGCACCAAACAUGAAAUUGUGAGGAAAAACCAGCAAACUGAAACUGAAAUCCAAGAAAAUAUUUUCAAACUUAUUAAUGGAGGCAGUGAUCAUAAUAUUUCCUCCAUUAUUGAAAGUAUGACUCUUUUACCAGAAAAUGGAAUGCAGUUUGAAAUUACACAACAAAUAGCUGAGCAUGUAAAGACUAUGGAUCUUGCAUAUUUAUCGGAACAAACAAUAGAUAGUAUUUUGGCAAUUAUGAUCUCAGUAUCCAAUCUUAGAGCUUUUAGAGAUAUUGUGUAUAAUAUUACUACCAAACUCAUCUCUGGAGAAUUUAAAUCUCCUAAUCUAGAAAUUAAGAUGUUUUCUAUUAUUAAGAAUAGUCUCCAGCUCUUCAUUUCUUUAGACGAUUCAGAUAUCAUUGAUAUAUUCCAAAAACGAUUCAAAACAACAAACAACAGAAAUAUUCAAUCUAUUAUCCAUAGAUACAUUACCGAAAUAUCAACAACUCCAAAUGCUGACCCUUUCAAAACAAAAAUAACCAAAUUUACCAACGAUUGUAAUGUCAUUCCUGCUCCAAUUAAUAUCGAGCAAUCGCCUACAAUCCACCCAUUUACACAGUAUAUACAAAGCCAAGAUAUUAUUUUGAUACCGUCCAACAUCUUGGUUUCCGAAUUAACCAAAUCCCCUACCAAAUUCUCCAACGAUCAACUUAAACAUUUAAUUGAGGUACUAUUCGAAAAAUUCCAAAAGCAUAGAGUAGACACUUACAUAACAGUCUUGAGAGAUAUGUAUACAUUUAGUCAUCUAUUAUCUGAUACUUCAAUUAUUGAAUGCUUUAAGGAUUUCAUUAUUUCAACACUUGACAGUACUCAGUACAUUAGAGAAAAGCACUCUUCACUCAUUCUAUUCUGUAUGAAAGCUGUAACUUGUGGUGUUCUCUCUGGAUACACCUUCCUCAAUCAUAUAUUAUUUAACGUAUUUGAUAAUCUCAAGUCUAAGGUUGCAACUAUUUCUAAGCCUAAUCCACAAGUCCAAGCCAUUACAUCUAUUCAUGCUAUGUUAUCAUCUACAAAGACCAGUAUCUUCCAACAUGUAAACUUUAUAAGAGUUUUCUCGAACUUUUCCAGAUGCUUAUCAAAAGAAAGAAUAACUACUCUCGCUAAUAAUUGUGGUAUAUCUGAGGAAGUGGAAGCUGUUGACAGAGAAAUUUAUGAAGACGUCAAGACCACACUUCUCUAUGAUUUCCUUGGCCCUAUAGAAGCAAAAGAAACCAUCCACAAGAUGUCAAUUUCUUGCAAGAGUAUUCAUGAUAACGUCAAAUCAAGCAAGAAAAGUACAAAAGAUAUCUUUGCAUUCAGUUCUCUUGUCUAUGAAGCCAUGAUAGAAAUACUAUUGGAUUAUCUUUCUAAUGAAAAGUCUUUGCAGGACAUUAGUCGUACAUUGUCCUACACUCAAGAUUGUUUAGGACCACUUUACGAACUUCCAUCUCUUCAAACCAAGCCAAAAGAAGGGGAUGGCACAGGUAAAAGCAAUUCCAAAGAUAGUGAUUAUGGUAACAAAUAUCAAGCCAUCACAACUUUGGUUGCCAACUUGUGUAAACCAUUUUCAACAAUCAGAGAUAUGGUUCCUGAGAAGCUAUUCUCCUUCCUUAGUCAAAGUACAAGUAUUAAUGACUAUCUUCAAUUUAUAAUGUCUCUCUCCAAUCAGAGUGACAAGUGGAGAAUAGCGUUAGACUCCCAACUUUUAUUCUUAUUUAUGUUUACUUGGAAUAGAAGAAAGGCACUCACAAAAGAACAAUACCAUCACUUUGUCGCAAGAAAAGGUCAGGAAAAUUCCUUCUACUUUUAUGCCAAAUCACUUUUACUUACCUCAUUCUACCCACCUUUCUCUGAGCUACAAGAUGUUAUUUUAGAUCAUUUCAAAUUAUCAAUCAACUAUAGCGAAAAACGUCAACAAGAUAUUGAAGCUCUCUUACCUAUUGUUGAAGAGCUUAUUCGACUCGAUUUUUCCAAAGCAGAAACAGCCUGCAAAUGUAUUCUGGAUGCCAUUCAAGCCAUCUCCAAUCCCUCCUCCUCACAAUCCUCUACCCCUGGCACUCCUACUCCACAUUCAUUCCCUUCCACUCGUGAAAGACUUACUACUUGUUUAUUAUGUCUUAAAGAAAUUAUUUUCUCCUCUCCACUUUUGGAAUCACAUGAAGAUAAAUUUGGAGAAAGAAAGAGAACCACUACAGUUCCACAAAUCAAAUCAAUUUUAAUUAAUUUAUGUACCAACAAGAUUUUGCCAUCAGUAUUUAACACACCUAUCCAAAAACCAGAAGACGUAGCAUUAUAUGAUAUUUAUUAUUUAAUUUAUGGAAUGUUAGCCAAGUUAAAGAUACCCCAAGAAGAAUUGAAUAAGGAAUUUGAAAAAUUAUUCCAAAAAGAGAAUAAUCUACAAGUCUCUAAUCCAAGAACUAUACAAGUUGGAACACCUGUCAGCACACCAACCUCCAGUAGAAGAACUCCAACACCUGGUGGUGCCAGCAAAAUGUCUCCAAUUAUUAGCCCUCAACAAUCACCAGUUCCAAUGUCUCCACAAGUUGCUACCGUUAGACAAGAGCAAAACAGGGUCAUCAGCAGCUGGUUUGUAAUUGAGGAUUACGUUUCCAAUUGUUCUCAUUGUAACUCUUGCCAUGGUAAUUUAACUCCUGCACGUUUCCAGGGUAAAGUUGUUAAGAAGACUGAAUUGAUAUUUGCCAAAAAGCCAGAAACCGUCAACUCCAGCAAUCCUUUCCAACCACAUUAAUGGUGAUAACAGUUCAAAGAAGAGAAAAUCUGAAUCUCCAAUAACUCUUGACAAUCAUAUCAAUGAAGCUUCUAUUGAAUUCCCUGAUAGUAAAAAGUUGAAACAAUAAAUAAGCUUAAUUGUGUGG